GUUGUUUGACGUUUAGCUGUCAGUGUGUGCGAAAGCGAAAAAAACACACAAGCUUGGCUUUGCGGUGUUUUGCAGUGGGUUUAAGCUGAUAACUAGGGAAAUAUCUUGUAAAAUAUGGCUGAAGUGCAAAAUAAUGGUACGGAAAAGGAGGUCGAUGUGGAAAAGCCGGCACCGACCCUGUCCGGGCCCAUAGUGGGUAUUAUUUAUCCUCCGCCGGAAGUGCGAAAUAUCGUCGACAAGACGGCCAGUUUCGUGGCCCGCAAUGGUCCCGAGUUCGAGAGUCGCAUCCGGCAAAAUGAGCUCGGAAACCCAAAGUUCAACUUCCUCAGUCCCGGCGAUCCGUACCAUGCGUACUACCAGCACAAGGUGCAGGAAAUACGGGAAGGUCGGUCCGACAGUGCGACCGGCGCGGGAACGGCAUCGGCACCGGCCGGCGGCGCGUUGCAAAAGAUGCAGGUGCCGAGUGCGACGCAACAGAAGCAGCAAGAACUGCUGAAAGCCGUUACGGAGCAGCAGUUCGUGCCGAAGGAUCCGCCACCGGAGUUUGAGUUUAUUGCGGAUCCUCCCUCGAUUUCGGCACUGGAUCUGGAUAUCGUGAAGCUGACGGCACAGUUUGUCGCACGCAAUGGGCGCCUGUUUCUGACCAACCUGAUGAACCGCGAGCAGCGGAACUGUCAGUUCGAUUUUCUCCGACCGCAGCACUCGCUCUUCCAGUACUUCACCAAGCUGCUGGAGCAGUACACGAAGAUCCUGGUGCCGCCGAAAGAUUUGAUGAACAAGCUGAAGGUGGAAAGUGCGCCGGGCCGCAGCAGCAUGAACGUGGUGCUGGAGCAGGUAAAGUAUCGGUCCAACUGGAUGAAGCACCAGGAAAUGCAAAGUCGCCGAGAGGAGGAGAAGGUGGAACGGGAGCGUAUCGCGUACGCGCAGAUCGAUUGGCACGAUUUUGUGGUGGUUGAGGUAGUGGAUUACCAACCGUACGAGUCGGGCAACUUUCCUCCACCGACGACGCCGGACGAGGUUGGUGCGCGGGUGCUGAUGGAAGAGCGCAUGAACGAGGAGGACCACGACAUCGAGAUGCAGAUCGAGUCGGACAACGACGAUAGUGACGACGAGCCGCAUCGUGGCGGCCCCGAGAGCAAUGGACAGGUGAAGCUAUCGCAGAUGGAAAAUCUCGUGGGCAAGCAGCAGAAGGAUAAUACACAGGUGCAGGACAUGGACGAAUCGUCUACCUCGGGUGAUGAGGAUGGCGAACGCACCAAAUCGCUGCCGGCCCCUGUUGCCCCGCCAACCCACGACAAGGUCAUUGUGAAGAAGUACGACCCGAAACAGUCGCAGAAGGUGCAGAAACCGGUCCCGGCUGCGGUGGACGAUUAUCUCAUUUCACCCAUUACGGGUGAAAAGAUUCCGGCUGCCAAGGUGGCCGAACAUAUGCGUAUCGGGUUGCUUGAUCCGCGCUGGGUCGAGCAGCGGGACAAGCACAUCGAGAAGGUGGCCCAGGAAAAUGUGUACGCGCCGGGGGCUGCAAUCGAGGCUAGCCUGAAGCAGCUGGCCGAACGACGUACCGAUAUCUUCGGUGUCGGUGACGAGGAGGCGGCCAUCGGUAAAAAGUUGGGCGAAGAAGAACCGCGCAAGGACGAUCGUGUCACGUGGGACGGGCACACAUCGAGCGUGGAAGCCGCUACACGAGCAGCACGUGCAAACAUUACGCUCGAGGCACAGAUUCACCAGAUUCACAAGGUGAAGGGAUUAAUACCGGACGAGGAGAAGGAAAAGAUUGGCCCGAAGCCCAUUCCCGGCACAAUGUCCUCCGGGUCGAAGUCCAACCAACAACAGCAGCAACAUCAGCAGCAACAGCACCAUCAGCAACAGCAGCAGCACCAUCAGCAACAGCAGCAGCACCAUCAGCAGCAGCAACACCAUCAGCAGCAGCAACAUCAUCAACAGCACCAGCAUCAUCAUCACCAUCAUCAACAGCAGCAACAGCAGCAGCAUCAUCACCACCAACAACAGCAACAGCAAAAUUCACAGCUAGCACAGCAAGCACAGCUCGCUCAGAUGCAGUCCCAGAAAGGAAUGCCCCAGAUGCCACCGCACCCCAUUCCGCCACCAGUACCGCCGAUGAUGAUGAUGGCAAUGGGACCGCCGCCGUUCGCAGUCGGCACGUAUGUACCACCGUUGGCACCGCACGGCGCCCCACAAAUGCCACCAGGCGGUGGUGGUGUCGGUGUCGGUGGUGCUCCGGUCGUUCCGGAUGCGCAGCAACAGCUGGUGGCUGGACACGAUAUGGCAUCGUCGGUGGAUGAACCACCGAGCAAAAAGUCCCGCACCGAGGACAAUCUGAUCGAGGAGAGCGUGUUCCUGCAGCGACACAGUGGGGCCGGACCCAUUACCGUACAGGUGCAGUGUCCGAACAUGACCGAGAAGAAUGACUGGAAACUGAACGGGCAGAUUCUUUCGCUGUCGCUCAAUCUGACCGACACGAUCAGCUCGGUCAAGGCGAAGGUACAAACGGAAACGGGAAUGCCACCGGCGAAGCAGAAAAUUUUUUACGAUGGUAUGUUCUUCAAGGAUAACAACACCAUUGCCUACUACAAUCUGCUGAACGGAGUAACGGUCGCAUUGCAACUAAAAGAACGUGGUGGACGUAAGAAGUAAGAGCGUCAUGGCGAGCAUUUCGGUGGACAGAGAACGUGUUAGCCUUUAGCGUGUAGCAGGGAAUAGGCAAAUCUUUACCAAGCCUGGUAUUGCAGACAUGAGCGGCCAGCUAAAUGCAUCUAUUCUAUUCUAGGUAUUGAAGAAGAGGUAACAAAUGCCGAUGUUUUAAAUGCAUACUGGUAGGUCAUUAAAGUUGGAUUGAACUGCCAUUUGCCUCGGCUUUGCACAUUAAUGGAUGAGUGUUCCAAAAUCUAUUGUUUAUACCGGUACACACGACCCGUAGAUGAGUUAAACUUUAAUUUGUGGAGCUCUGUCUACUCAAUAUUUUCUCCUCUAAAUUCAUUAGCAUUACCACUACAGACAAACCCAAAGUGUUGCAGGUAUGUCAAACUUCAUGAUUUUUAGUGCUAAAACAUCAAAUGAAAUAAACCACUUUCAAGCUACAAAAGUGA